UGUAUGGCCUUAGUCUUUACUAAUGAUAUUUCCACCAAUUAAUAAGGACUCUACACAUAUUGGCUUUAUACACAAUUCAGUGAAUUGUAUUGAUAACCAUGUGGUUAAAUACGACAUGAAUCUGCCCUGUUAAAACAGCUCCAUCCAAAGCCUGCGAGCGGUCGAUACGCCAGCGCUGCUGUAAGGAGUACUGCUGAAGCGAAAUUAUAACGAGCAACAUGGCUGAUAGACUAGCAAACGGGAAAAACGGGAAGGAAUUGGAUGCAGGUUUGGUUAUAAAGAACAGACUCUACGAUCAGAAAGCUGACAUUGAGCCCAAUCGUCAGAAGAAUUCAUUGACCGAAUGUUGUUGCAAUGGGAACUGGGUGGAAUUCACUCAAAACACCACACUCCAUGGACUCAAAUACAUUUGGUUGCCAGGCGCCUUCCGAACCAGACGACUGCUGUGGCUGGUUCUAACUGUGACGUGUGUGGCCAUCAUGAGUUUCCAAAUUAUCGACCGUAUCAUCUACUACUACGACUACCCCGUCACCGUCAACGUCCAGGUCAACUACAACAAGACUCUCUUCUUCCCCACCCUCACUCUCUGUAACCAGAAUGCCUUCCGAGCCAGCAAGGCCGCCCAGCUGCAGCAUUACCAGCUUCUGACUGACCUCUACACCGGAAGGAGGUCGUGUUCUGACUGUGACUACGUAGUCACAAACUCCAGCCAUAUGACUUUGAGGGACCUCUUCACAAACACCACACAUACCAAAGAUGACCUCAUUGUCAGCUGUACAUGGAGGGGUGAAGUGUGUGGGUCUGAAAACUUCACCGAGGUGGUGACCGACCACGGCGUGUGCUAUACCUUCAACCUCCCCGACCACGAUACCAGGGACGUGCAUCGUGUCUUUUCACCAGGAGCUGAGAACGGGCUGUCCCUGACGCUCAACGUGGAGCAGUACGAGUACAUGCCCGGGCCCCACGACGCCGCAGGGGUCAAGAUCCUCAUCCAUGACCACAGACAGUUCCCCAAGGUGCAGGAGCUCGGUAUCGCCCUACCCACGGGGACACAUUCAUUCGUCGGCAUGCAGCUCAUCUCGGUUGUGAAUCUCCCGAAACCGUACGGGGAAUGUAGCUCCCCUGAUCUCUCCCUCUUCCCCCAGUAUUCCCUGGAGAACUGUGAGGUGGAAUGUUUAACAAAACAGCUGGAUGCAGUCUGUGGGUGUAGACUCUUCUAUAUGCCGAGGGGAGAAGAUAGCCCCGAGUCCUGCACGCUGCAGGAACACCAUGACUGCUAUCUGAAGAAACUUGAUUAUAUACGUCAGUCUGUGAGGGACACCUGUUCUUGUCCUGUCCCCUGCGCUUUCCAGAUCUUUGAUCCAACCGUCUCCUACGCUACGACCUCGACCUUCGUCAUAGACCGUUUCCUUAGCAACUCUAACCGUUCCGCCCUGAAAAUGAAGUACAAGAACGCCCGAGACAUCACUCAUCGUCUACAAAAAAACAGGGCUGACCUUCUUAAAUCUCUCACAGAAAACCUUGACCGGAAGUUCCAAACGUUGAACCAGGUGAUUCUUGAUGAGUUGCAGGUGAGUGUUGAAGAGCAGGAGAAACACCUUGUGAAUGUUUCCAGUGAUUAUCUUUGGAACUGGAACAAGACUGAACUGUAUUUCAAUUAUCAGGACUAUAUUCUUCAGAAGAACCUUGUACGUGCCCGAGACGCUAUGAAUGAGAGAACCUUCUCUGUCCUAGGCCAUGGGGUUCAGGAGUUCACCUUCGGCGUGGAGAAGCUGAUUUCCCAACUGGUUGAUCCACAGAUAGAUGAUCCUGCUGUCCGAGAGGUCCUCUUCCUCAUGGCAAAGAACAAGCUGAAUGCUAGACUGGACAUAGGGAAGAGAACGCUGCAGAACUACACACAACUAAUUAAAGGUUUCCUCAAUACGUCAUCAAUCUUUAAUUAUAGAUUCAAAAACUUUAGCAGGAAGAACAGCAAUUUGAUUCUUCCGCGGGAACUUUUGCUUCAAGCAUUUACACGUAGUAAUCAUGUUCGUGUAAGGUCUCUGAGAGUCGAAAGGGAUAUAAUCACCAUGGCAACAUGGAUGAAGGAGUACGGGAAAAUAGCAGACAAAGCAUUCUAUAAUAAAACUGUAAAUUCCACAGAAAUAUACAUAACAAAUGUUAAGUUCUUACGAGCGUCUAGAGAAUUUCUACAAAGUAAAAGCAUGUUUUUCAACGAUUUCAUCCAGUGGCCAGUGACACAGCUUGAAUUAAGGAAACAGACAUUCCUUCAAAUGCGAACUGACUUCAUCAGGCUAGGGGAUACAAUGUUUGGGUAUUUCUCCAGCGUGUCCGAGCUGAUCCAUGGCAUCGAGAGGUCUUUGAUGGCAGACAUGAAGGUUGGAAUACAGAUGUGCAAGGAUUACUUAGCCUAUGGGAACGUUAGCAAAGUGGAUGUAGCAGAGCACUUUAGGUCUGAGAAAAUCCAAAAUGGCAUCAAUAAUUUGAAAGUGUUUUUUGACACUGUGAGGAACCGUGGUCAGAAUGUUUACGAUGGCUGGGAUCAGCUGUCGAUGGCGUCCCAGCAGAUGUGGAACUUUACUCUGAGCCAGGUUAAUCUUAUGCGGUACUGGAAGUUUAAGAAUAUCAGACGGUAUCUCAGGAACUAUACGGAGGUAGCAGCAGAGAUCGCGCAGGAGUUUGCUCGUCAUCGGGACAUGAUUGAUGUCCGGAGUCGUUUCCUUAACAAGGAUGAGGAGUUCCUUCAGAGUUUUAAGAGUCUCGCAGAGCACAUGGAAAUGUUCCAUUCCAGCAGUCACGUAGAUUCGGCAUUUGUCAGGGAUAACUUCCUGAAGGUCAACGUCUUCUACCGAGAACUGAGUUAUGAGAAGAUCACUCAGCAAGUUGCCUAUGACAUUUUUGCCUUACUGUGCGAUAUUGGCGGAUCCAUGGGGCUGUUUAUUGGUGCCAGUGUGAUGACGAUCUUCGAGAUCAUGGAUCUACUCAUGUAUCAUUCUGUUACUGCCACGGAAAUCAAGAAGUGACACGUGAUAAGUGAUACCACUCCAUCCCUCCGAUUAUUCCUGGCGUGAAUGCUGAUUUACAUACUGGAUUUAAGUACAGCUUAUUUGCAUACUUCUAUGUGACUCGGGACGUCCUGAGUGUCUGUGUAUAAUGUAGAUCAACCUAUCAUUAACAUACCGUGUUUGCUGCUGUAAGUCUCGGUUACCAAAUCCAAGCAAUAUUACGACGGAAUGUAAAUACUCGCGUGUCGACCAGGUGAACCAGUGAUUGUGUUAUAAGCCAGGUUCCAAGACGAAGUAAGACUACCUUUCCACGCAACCAUCCAGGUCAACGAGACUUAUGACCAAUUCCAUUCAGUCACCUCGUACAUGAAAAUCAUCGAGUCUGGACUGAACAAUCCAGUGAUUGAUGUUGUAAGCACGAUACACGCCGUCGGGAGCCGUGGACGCCACCAACCAAAGUCACCGAGCCUUGUCAGCCAAUCAGUUACGAGCAUCAAUAGCCGGAAUCUCCUUUGAGUCGGCCAGCCAGGUAUAGCAUAUAGAGAAACGUCACCACUGAGGGCUGUCCCUACUUCACUCGUCCUAAAAACUAUUGCGAGAAAACAGCACAGUGGACGAAAUAAAAUGUUGAGAUAUAAAUACAAGUGAUAAAAUACUGUUCUUUAGUCGACCACCAAACAGAGGUUUACGAAAUACUUUAAAUGGAAGCACCAAUGUCCAGGUAGAUGCAUGUUGAUAACCUCAAUGUAGGCAACGAUUCAAGAUGAUGUCCUGGUGGAAGUUUUCUCGACAAAAAUGGUCACAAAGUCUCAAACAUUUUACGGAAGACAUCUGGAGGCUAUGAGCAGAUUUUACACAUCAAUGCUGUCCGAUGCAAUUCCCUAUUUUGACCUUCACCAUAUGACCCCUAUGUAUUUUCGCAGCCAAUUCGCAAACCAACUUUAACGAACUCCAAAGGAACCAAAAACAGUUUCUUACUAUCCGAAUAAGCACGAGGGUAACAACUCUUCAGUUAUAACAAACUAUACACCCGUGCUUUAAUUAAGCACCACCCCAUUUUGAAAAUAAGAUGUGAUGCUACAGAAACGUUUGGGUAUAGCCAUCAAUU